AUGGCAACUAUUAGAAAAGCCGGAACUCUAACAAAUCUACAACUCUGUUCAGUGUCUUCCCCUUUGUCCAAAUCCUCUUCAAGUCCUCAGAAUUCUCUGUUACCUUCUUCGGUCACCUCACUAGACUCCCGGGCAUCUUUGAGGGCUAUUGAGAGAUCGAAUUCAAAGCACAAGGGACAGCUUUGGAGGAAACUGCUUUUCCAUUCUUUCAUUUGUUUCAUGGUUGGUGUUUCCAUUGGACUCAUCCCACUCGCGUCAACUAACAUGUCCUCGAAGAUCAUGGCAAACCAUCAAGGUCUCUCUUUUGAGAUACUAUCUGAAGUGGAAAAUUUGAAGACAAAUAUGACACCAUUAGUUGAUGAGGAUGUGAAGUUUGAUGCUACUUUGAUUUCACCUUUGCAAGAACAAGAACUAACAAAUGGUGUAGCAUAUAACAUCUCAGAUAGCCAGUUCAGUGAAGAAUCAUAUUUGGAGUCUCAGAAGCUUCUCAUUGUUAUCACGCCGACUUAUAAUCGUCUAUUUCAAGCUUAUUACUUGCACCGUUUGUCACAAACUUUGAAAUUGGUCCAACCUCCUUUGUUGUGGAUUGUUGUUGAGAUGAAUUCUCAAUCUGAAGAAACUUCUGACAUCUUGAGGAGUAGUGGGAUCGUGUAUAGGCAUCUUGUCUGCAAAAUGAAUCUCACCAACACAAGCCAUAAGAGUAUUCUUAUGAGAAAUAUCGCCAUAGCUCACAUUGAAACUCACCGUCUCGAUGGAAUUGUCUAUUUUGCAGACGAUGAUGACAUCUACUCAGUUGAACUCUUUCAGCAAAUGAGAGAAAUAAGGCGAUUUGGAACAUGGACUGUUGCAAAACUAUCAGAGGAUAGAAGUGGCGCUGUCUUGCAAGGGCCAAUUUGCAAUGGAAGUGAAGUAAUUGGGUGGCACACAAAUAACGAAUCAGAUAGGAAAUCUAAAAGAUUCCAUGCUGAAAUAUCAGGUUUUGCCUUCAAUAGUACGAUACUAUGGGGACGAAAGAAGUGGCACCGAUCACUUCUUGAACGUAUCAGACAGCUCGAAUCAGCCGAGGAGAAUUUGUGGGUUAGCAUGUUGAUUGAGCAGGUUGUUGAAGAUGAAAGUCAAAUGGAGGGCUUAAUGAACGACUGCUCGAGAGUCUUGGUUUGGCGUAUUGAUCUCAAGUCAUCUCAUUCCUUCUAUCCUCAUAAAUGGAUUGCAAAAAACAACCUAGAUGUCAUUUGGAAUCUUCCACCUGUGUGA